CCAAUCCACUCACCAAUCAACUCUAUUUAAAUGGCACACCAUUUCCAUAAGUUUCCGAGGACUAAAACGAGUGCUCAAGACCUGCCUAUUUAUACUCACACCAGCAGGACGCAGAGAAACAAAGAGACAGAGGAAGAUCAGGCAGUAAAGAUGGAAGGAGGUGAAGGUCCAACAGAGUUGAAGGAGAGGAGUAAUGGAGUGGAAGCACUCAGUCUGGAGUCAGGCGAAGCUCCUGAACAAAGUCAGCAGCAGAAGCAUGCCGUCACCUCAGCUCAUACUGUCGAUAAAGACUCGUGGCAGCAAGUGGGGGUGAUGCUUGUGACAUCAUUCAACUGCGCCUACGUGUUGAGCUUCUCCAACCUCAUGCUGGUGCCACUGGGAUGGGCAUGGGGGAUGACGUGUCUCGUUGUGGUCGCAGCCUUUACCUACUACGCUAACUGGCUCCUCGCCGGACUCCACGUCAUCGACGGCCGGCGUUUCAUCAGAUACAGAGAUCUCAUGGGCUACACCUUCGGGAAUAGAAUGUAUUAUCUGACAUACUUUUUGCAAUUCACAACCUUGCUUCUUGGGAACAUGGGUUUUAUUCUUCUAGGAGGAAGAGCUUUGAAGGAGAUCAAUUCAGAAUGCAGCAACUCGCCCUUGAGGCUUCAAUACUACAUUGCAGUGACUGGCAUUGUUUACUUCAUCUUUGCAUACUUUGUCCCCACAAUGUCAGCCAUGAGAAACUGGCUGGCAACAUCCGCAAUCCUUACCAUAAUCUACGAUGUGAUUCUCAUUGUCAUCCUAGUUAAAGAUGGAAGAGCAAACAAAACUAAGGAUUACAACAUCCCCGGAAGUCGAAUAGAGAAAGUCUUCAAUGCCUUUGGUGCAGUUGCUGCAAUUCUAGUUUGCAACACUUCAGGUUUGUUGCCUGAGAUCCAGUCGACUUUGCGCAAACCGGUAGUUUCAAACAUGAGAAAGGCUUUGACAAUGCAAUUCACCAUUGGCCUCAUCGUCUAUUACGGCAUCAGCAUAGCUGGAUACUGGGCUUAUGGCUCUGCUGUUUCAGAAUACCUUCCCUACCAGUUGAGUGGACCUAAAUGGGCAAAUAUCCUAAUCAAUUUAACAGCCUUUUUGCAAAGUACAGUUUCUCAGCAUAUGUUUUGUGCACCUAUUCAUGAGGCUCUCGACACCAAAUUCCAAAAGCUAGAUGAAGGGAUGUUCUCCAGAACCAACCUCCAACUGCGGUUCCUUUUGCGAGCAUUGGUCUUUGGGCUAAACACAUUCGUCACUGCUAUGUUUCCCUUCAUGGGGGAUUUUGUGAACCUCUUUGGGUCUUUUACACUUUUCCCGCUUACUUUCGUGUUCCCCUGCAUGGUUUUCCUCAAGGUCAGAGCAAAAUCUGCUAAAAGAGAAGAGAAGGCGUGGCAUUGGGCCAACAUCAUUUUGUUUUUGCUUCUGGCGAUUGUAACGACAGCUGCUGCAGUGCGCUCGAUCGUACACAAUGCCAGGGUUUAUCAUUUCUUUGCUGAUACAUGACCACUACACUUGUUGUACAAGUCUUUAUAAUUAUAUCAAAUAUAUAGAUACUGAUAACAGUUGCAGUCUGUACUAGCAUGUGUGCUUACAUUGAAAAGAAAAAUUCUACUCCAAUAUUUAUUUACCUUCAAGAGGUAAUUUCAUAAUACAGACAUUGCGUUUUUUCA